UUACAGGUUUCUGAGCUAGACAAAUGCAAAUAUUUAUUAUUAAUAUCUUCCCUUUCUCUCUCUCUCUCUCUCUCUCUCUCUCUCUCUCUCUCUUCUCUCCCUUUCUCUCUCUAGGCUCUAUAUCUGUCUCCCUUUCUCUCUAUCUCGAAAGAUACCCGCCGAGAAGUUCCGCGCGAGCAUUCUCGGAGUUGAAAGUAGUACGCAUGCGUCUGUAAAAUCGUUUCGACCGCACCGCUCGAGAUGCGGAUAAAGCGGUGCAUCGCGUUUGGGUUGACUUCAGGACCACACGAAUAGAGCUGUCUAGCUGUUGUAUAUAAACUGUUAACUUGUCGAUGAGGAAGGUAAUAACUGGUGGAAGAAAAAAGCAAAGUGAUAAGAAAAAAGGGAGAAAAAAAGAGAAACAGGAUUGGCAAAUGAAUGACAACAACGACGAAGAGGGAAUACUUGGAAUUCUUUCAAUUUUUAUUUGACCACAAGAAAAAUAAAGAAAAGCUUUUAAGAGAAAUAGAAGAAAAAUAAUAACAAACAUAUCCAAGGAAUCUAUAGUGUUUUCUCUUGUUUUGUGUGAUAAAAAUUAUUUACUUUAUUGGACAUGAUUGUUUUUUUCUUGAGAAGAAUAAAAGAAAUAUUUAAGGGAUGAGCUGAUAUCGCUUUGUUCGGAUUUUAAGAGAGAAAGAGAGAAAGAGAGAGAGAGAGAGAGAGAGAGAGAGAGAGAGAGAGAGAGAGAGAGAGAGAGAGAGAGAAAGAAAAAAAGAAAGAGAGAGAGAGAAAGAAAAAAAGAGAGAGAGAGAGAGAGAAAAAGAGGGAGAAGAGGAAAAUGAGGGUGAUCGUCAAAAUGAUAGCGAUUAUGUCUAUUAACACCAUUUUGUUAUCAAUAAAAUAAACGUUUAGGUAUGAUAGGCAGGAAAAGAGAAAAUUAAAAGUGAUACGUUAAAGGAAGGAAUAUAUCGUAAGACGAAAUGAAAUAGACAAGAUAAGGAAAUGUGUGAUAUUUGCAUCGUCUAAUACAGAUUUAUGUGGUUUUAUCAGAAUAUGCGUGUAUAUGUGUGUCUAUGUUGUAUGUGUGUGUCCAUGUUGUAUGUGAUAAACGACACAAAGUGAAUAUUAUAUUAUCAUUGUUAUUUCUUUUUCCUUUCUUUAUUUGUUUUUGUUUUUCUGUACUGGACAAUUAGAAAUUUGAAAAAUUAUUUUGUUUCAAUAGAUGCGCCAAUAACGAGAUAAAUUUUCUUUGUUCUUCGAUGUUUUAUUCGUGUUUUGUACAAGCGAUCAUGAUAUCCACAAGUAAUCGAAUUGCUACGAUUGAUUAAUAUCAAACGAAUCGUUUUGUCUCUAUACAUUCAUUUAUUUAAUUAUUAAAUAUUAUUUCAUGCAAGGUAUUGAACGCAAAAUAUGCUUUGGAGAGUGACAGAAAGCAAAGAAGAAUUUUCGCCAGGCAUGUUAACGUUUAUCCGAAAAUUUUUCGAAAAUAAGAGAUAACAAACUUUAAAAACCGGCUAAAGAAUGAAGAAAAGAUUGUUUUUCGGUUUCGUAUGUGCCGUAUUACUCUUUAUCGUAAUGACAUCAAACGAUAAUACUAUCGUGCAAAAAGUUACAAAUUUUAUUAUAGCCGACAGCAAUGAUGUUUCAUGUUACGAGAUCUCCACUACUUAUGGUUUUCCUCACUUAGAGUCUGAUUCUGUGAAACCUAUACUCGGAAAGAAUAUAUUUUUCCAUGAGACGUCCUGUUUCGAUGAAAAAGGAAUUGUUUUGAAUCCACGUCAGGCUUGUGCUGUAGAAUCGGCGGCUCUCAUGAAUCCGGAAAGUACAAUAUAUCUUUUAUUUCUUAGUCCUUCGCCGAUAUCCUUGGAAACGAAAGAAAUGAUAAAGCAAUUGUCGAGUUAUCCGAACGUCAAGAUUAGAAGGAUUUUCCCAGAAACUUAUACGAAAGACACGCCGUUGGAAGAUUGGUACAAAAGUGGUACCUUGAUGAAGAGUAGAUGGAGACGUAGUCAUAUGUCGGACAUUUUGAGAUAUUUAACUCUUUGGAAAUAUGGAGGAAUAUAUCUUGACUUGGACGUCGUCGUUACAACGUCAUUGGAAAAUUUAACAAAUUUUGCUGGUGCCGAGGAUUGGGAUGACGUAGCAGCCGGUGUUUUGGGUUUCAGUUCGAAUAAGCUUGGACGACGUAUGGCGGAUGCCUGCCUUCGUGAUUUGAAAAAAAAUUUUCGUGGUAAUGAUUGGGGUAACAAUGGACCUGGUGUUAUCACGAGAAUUUUACAAAAAAUAUGUUCUACCAAAUACACUCGAGAUAUGUCGGUGUCACGUUGCCACGGCUUCAAAGUUUUUCCACCCUCUGCUUUCUAUCCAAUUCAUUACAAGAAGUGGAUAAAAUAUUUCGAGGAGAAGAACAUUAAUUCAACGAUGGAGAUAUUGAAGCAAGCUCGGGCGAUACACGUGUGGAACAAACUCAGUAAAUCGAAGAAAAUUCAUGUGAAUAGCAACGUUCCUUAUGUCGUUAUAGCUCGCAAAUAUUGUCCGAAAGUAUUUUCGAAUUGUGGUAAUAUCUUCUAGAAAAUCGGACAAGAAAUCAAGGAAGUGAAUUUUAACAUAUCGGUGACUGUCUUAAUACAUUUAUUGUUUCGUUUACUUUAUUUUUAUAAAUUUUAUUAACAGUUUAUUUCUUUUACAAUUUAUAUAUUUUUUGUUUAUAUAACGAAGAGAUAAAUAUGAUAUAAACAUAGAA